UUACACUCGUGGUUCUUUAUAAAGACCCUCUGCGCCUAGUUGUUCUAUAUUAAACGCAUCACUUAGCGAAACACAAAAGCUUAGGUAUGGUCACAUAGGUAGUAAAUAUCAGAGGUAUUACAAAAGAGCGAUCGAAAGGGUAUGCAAAUUUGAUCCUCCAAACUCCGUGGAUUUGAUCAUUUCGCUGAAUUCAGAGAGGACGGAGUAUUCUUCGAUAUCGUUGCUUGAAAUUUUGAGAUUGUUACACGUAUGGAUGGCCCAAAUCCACAGCGUCGUCGGGAGGGACUUCUAUGGAGACGCUUAUUGCCAACUUGACCAUCAACAGAUGACUCUUUGGCUUUUUCGAGAGGUGUUCAAUCCCCCAAGCGGCUUUCCGGUCUUGGGUAGCAUAGAACGCGAGACGCUUGAUAAUUAUAAGUCUGAACCUGGUCCGGUUCAAGUGUGGCUCUCCAAGCUCCUCCAGGAUCCACGAUUGGUCUUUACCGUCUCGUUAGCGAUUGUAGGAAUAUGGUUCAAGAAUACUUCCAUAAAAUGGAAACAACACUUCAAAAUCGAUAAUUACUUUUGGGCUCGGGUACCUCUUGCUCUGACCAAACACAUCUGGGAGUCGGAAAACAGCGAUCAAAAUAUGUCGAAAUACAGAGAAGAUCCAAUAAGUGGAAAAUCCAAAGACUAUUUGGGUGAAUUUUUCAUCGUGUGGCAACCUCCCGAGGGCAAAAGACAAUAUUUCGAUUUCAAUCCUCAAACGAUUUGA